AGAGAGAGAGAGAGAGAGAUUCAACAGUGAAACGAAGCGAGAACGAACGCGGCAGCGGGGAGUAGCGUUGCGAGCGGUGGGCAAGGGGAGGAGAGGGGAAGCCUCUCCGUCAAAAUGUCGCUGAAAACGCCAACGCGGAUACAGUGAUCGUUGCCGCUUGCCUAACUCGGGGCACAUCGUCUCCCUUCGAGCCCUCGAGUCGCGCUCUCUUUCUCUCUCCCCUCCCCCCCCAUUCCUCUCUUUCUCUCUCUAUCCCGAUCUCGCUCUCGACGACCAGUCUCUACGGCUUGUAGUGGAGAAAGAGAAGAUCGCGGGUGCAUCGAUUACUCGCGCACGGUCACCCGGUUUGUUUCCCCACAUUUGUUUCCCUACGCGUUCUACGCGUCGUCGUCGUUGUUGUUCGUCUUCGAUUCAGUGGCGGAGCAAAGAUAGAGCGCCGCUUCCUCGUUCGGCUUGUGCCCGCGAACCCCGUUGUUCCCUACAGCGAUACCGGGGAUACCGAAAGGCGAACGAGAUCGCUCUCCUGACGUCGAUUAUACUUCAGAUUUUGGAUAAAGUUGGUCAUUGAAAAGCAAGAAAAUGGUAUCUACUCGUCAAUCAAGUAACAUGGGAAGUAGCAACGGCAGUGGACCGGGUGGCGAGGCCGGAGAUGUAAAUUCAUUGAAAAAGCAACAUUCGGUGACAACAGUUAGUACAUCUGGUAUAUCUAACGGAGGAUCUACUGUCGAAUCACGCAGUCUAAAUCUCUUGGAUUUACCAGUCGAAAUCCUUGAGAAAAUUUUUGGCUACUUGGGAUUUAAUACAGUAGCUCAUAUGCGUCUGGUUUGUCACCAGCUGGACCGUGUUUGCGGAUCAAUACUGAACUCCACAUUUCAAAAGCUGCAGGCUCAAAUGUUAAGUCGUUUUCAGGCUAUUAAAGCACAAAUGCCCAGACGUGAAUCCGCGCGUCGGAAUCAUCCGUUGGCAUGCGAAUCGGACAUUAUAGAGACUCUGCAUAUGCGGCUUACUCUGCUGCAAAUGAGUUUCGGCAAGCAUAUUGAACGAAAGCAUUGUUGUUUCUUUCCUGGCGAGAUCCUGGACGAAGUGUAUCGCAUUCUCCAUCACAUAAAAGUCACUCCGAAAUUGCAAAGACCUUAUAAAGUUACUGAUGAAUUAUUCGAUCUGAGCACUAUGGCCAUGGAAUAUUUUAAGGAGCACAUUGAACCGACAUUACCGGAAAUACCUUACUUCGGUGCCGACUUUCUGGAUCUUGCAGGAACGUUCACUUCUUCUAGUAGUGUGAGUAAACCAUUUAUGUGCCUGGAUUCCACGCCUUUGACUGUCGGAAGCAAAAAAACGAGCAGUGCUGGUGAAGAAGAGAGUUCUCCGUCACAUUGCUCGGAUGACCCUGCUCUCUUGGAAUCUAAUGUGUCGCCACCGCAAUCGAACAUGGUUUUGCGGAAACGGAUCCGCAAGAUCAAACAGGGCAUGAGACGAUACAACAGCCAGUUGACACUGAUGCGCAGGGAUUUGAGGAGUUGCAAGGCAAAAAUUGCAGAACAACAGAAACAGAUUGUGGAAUACGCUACUCGACUAGACGACAAUGACAAAAAGAAUGAGGAAACGUCGCGGAAAUUCAGCACACUCCUACAGGAACUAAACAAGUGCAAAACCGAGCUACAAUAUUGGCGAUCCAAGUCACCAGCAAUACCAGUGUGCGUAAGUUGUGGCCAAUCAAUGCCAGUCCCUACGGAAGAUUUACAAGCUUUAGCUAAUCAAGGCGUGCUGCCGGAAGCCUUCGGCGAAGGGCACGAUUUCAUUCCCAUCGCGGAUGCUCACAGUCCCACUGAGGUGGCAUCGCAACUUAUAAUUACACAAUCCCCGCCGACGCCGACAAUGGAAAUGGCACCGCCAAAGGCUCCUGUGCCUUCGAUAAAACGGAAAAUUCCCGUCGAAACAGAGGAAACGUCGAAUGAUGCCGCGAAAAAAUCACGUCGUACUGCCAAGUCUCGUCAGGCUAAGCGCUCAAAGAUAUAAAUCGGUAACACUGAUUAUGGUACAAAUAUCUGUUCAACCAAUCUCUCAUGAAUUUCCGAAGAUAGGGGACUUUCUCUAUGAUGGUUUACGCGCGUUUCUUUAUGCCAGCAAGCCGAUGAUCAUAGAAGAGUACAAAAUUCCUCACCGAACGUCCUGCAUCUCGCGCAACGAACCUCGUUUUGGAAAUUCUAGCUGCAUUAAUUGCCGCGAUUGUAGAGAUCGCCAGUCGACUUUUUAUCGAUUAUCUCACGGAUGGAGUUAUUAAUGCCGUUACACGGCGUGCAUUGAUGAAUAUUCUAAAGAAGCCUAGCCGAUCAUUCGCUUUGCUCGUAAAGCAACGUUUAAUUAUACUUUCUCGAAUUAUUUGCAAUUAUUGUCAUUACUGCGAUACACUCGGAGGAAUAAUAAAAAGUUAAAAGUCGCGUUCGUUUUUGUCGUACAUUUAACAGCGCUUGCUCUUCGAUUGAAAAUGCGCAAUAUCUAUCAUUUUAUUUUCAGAAUGAUACAUCACUAGAAUAUAAUUUAAAUAUCUUAUCUUCAACAUUUUAAUCGAAUAGGACAAUACGGUAAUAGAGAAAGAAUUUCGCAUAGCUGGUUUCUGUGUAAAUUAUAUAAAACAAACCAAAUAAUUUUUGGGAAAUUGUAAAUUUCGCUCGAAAGAGAAUUUUUUAAUUACUUUCAAUGUUAUAAUAUGUGGUAACUGGCGUACCAAGUUGAAAUUGAGCAAAUUUUCUGUUUAACAAAUUAUAUUUUACAAUGUUUAAAAACUUGAGAAGAUAGAUUAAUUGAUAAAUUAAUCUACACACAGAUACUGCAAAUGCAUAAAUAACCAUAUCAAUUUGUUUUGAUUAGUUUUAAACUCAACGUGCUCAAUUUGAAGAAAAUUGAUUCAUUUGCAAUCAUUUACAAUUGUUUAUCAAGAUGCUAUUAGAUAUGUUAUUAUCCAACUGCAUGUGUUCAUUGUUCACUUAGAUUGAAUUCAUAUAGUUAAAAAAUCAAAAAGUUAUGAUAAAAGUAUGAUAAAAGUUUCAUCCCAGUUAUGACUCGAAAUGAUUAGAAAAUAUCUCACACGAGUUCAUACGCGAUCAUACAGCAAAAUGUUGAUGAAUAGCUGGAAAGGUGUUAGUUUAUUUUUAUGAAUGCGCUGUCUUAGUAAAAGAUUAACAAGAUGGCGCACACAUUGCAAUAUUAAUCGAACUAGAUAAUUAUUUAUAGAAAUGAGUCUAUUUAGAUAAAAGAAUUGGAUAUCAUGCCAUUUUUAUAUAUUGUGCGAAAAUUAAGUCUUUUUGUUAUUAAUAAAAUUGUCAAAAAUU